GAAACUGCAAAAGAUCUCCCACGAUUAAGCACGCCCACAGGCGUACAUCUUAAUAUUUUUUAAAACGAAGAGAAGAUCUCCUUUUUUUGUCAGAGGAGGUUGAGUAAGAUCAAGUUGGACUAUCAAAGAUGCGACGUGCCGUGAUCGGCUCGCUACCGGUCAUCUGUCGUGCAAUCCGGCGCAGCACUUGCGUCCGCAGGACGGCGUUGUUUGCAGAAGGUGGACAGCCAUCGGUUCGAUGGUCUUCAACCAGCAAUUUCAACCACAAUCUUCCUUUCCAGGAUGGACCAAGUGGUCCUUCUUCGACUAGUGAGCUGGGUUUUCUUGGUGAGAAGGAAGCGGCUGAAGCGAACAGCGACGUGGCGCCGUUGUCAUCACCGCCGUCUUCGCCGAAGCAGCAACGCGCGAAGCGUGGCGCGCCUCGCUUACGACGACGGGGCGGCACCCCGAAGAGGAGACAGGCACGAGACGCCCCCCCGCCACCCAGCGACACCGCUGUCGAGUACGACGCGGACAUGGCGGCAUCGCUCCCGCGUGGGCUUGACACGAGCGCCGUAGAGGACUUGAUCGACGUGGAACGCUUCUUCCCGCGCGCCGUGGCUCACCUCAAAGCGACCCCGCGCUCGCCAGACGCCGCGGAGGCGAGCCGAGCACGACGCUGGCACGACAUCACGCACCACUACAACGUGGACAACAUCGUGACUCCUGCGAAGCUGGCGGAGAAGGAGCGGCACGCGAGCGGGCAGCACUCUUUCUUCGACGAGGGCGGCUUGGACGUGCGGGGUGGCAUGAUCGAUAAGCUGCGCAGCGGACGUUACGGCGGUGCACGCGAUGAGACGGAGCGCCUGUCGCCGGACGUGUUACACCUAACCGGUGGCAGUGCGCGUCGCCACGGUAGUCUGCGCCUCGCGGCGGAAAGCAACGCAGCUCCUGCGGAUCAGACCAUCGAAGGCGACCGCGGAGAUUUUGGCGCCGACAGGGAGUUUGGUGACACGCCGGUCCAGCUGACGGAUAUGCUGCGUGAGCGGCUCAUGGAGCUGAAGGCGGAGUCGCUGAAAGAGGAACGGAAUGAAACCUUCUUGCCGCACCGUCUGCGACACGUGCGUGCCGGUGAGGAACUACUGCAGCUUGCCAAGCGAGGGGAGGGGACGCCAGCUCUGCCGACACGUCAGUCACCCACGCGACCAAGAAGCACCACCUCGCUUGCCGAUUUAGCUCCGGAAGAGGCGGAGGAGGGCGGUGAGGAGCAGCGUGGGCUGGGACCGGAUAUACUGAAUGUGCCCGAUAAGGCCAUCUUGAGGGACGGCGUGGCCCCCGAGAAGGUUGCCCAAGCCGCGCAGCUGGCACAUCGCUCCGACGCCCUGGUGCCUGGCGCCUCGCAAUACGACCCGUUGCAGCGACUGGCGAAGCUGGCGGCACAGGCACAGCAGCGCGUCUCUGCUUCCGAUGAAGGCAGAAACCCCACCGGAGCUACCGAGGGCGUUGAGGGACUUGGACUGGUGCACCUGCUGCGCACUCUCCCACGCGCCGGAUUCUGCAGUCGUCGGGAGGCGUCCGCCAUUAUCGCUAGUGGUCAGGUGCGGGUGAACAACGUGGUGGAGCGUAACCCGUUUCGCCUGGUCCGUGCGGAGGACGACGUACACGUCUCGGGUCACGAGUCCCGCCUCCGCUUUAGCCCGCCGCGGCUGUGGAUGUACCACAAGCCGGCCAACGUGAUUGUCUCACGCAACGACGUUGCCGGCCGCACCCUCAUCACAAAACACGCCCGCAUCCUGGGCAUGGACCACCUCGUGCCGAUCGGCUCUCUGCCGAUGCGGGCGCAUGGUAUUCUGCUCCUCACCAACGACGGCGAGCUUUCCCGCUUUCUGGAGAACCCGCAGUCGAUGGUGCAGCGCACGUACCUACUGCGCGUGCGCCCCGCCAUGGAUCCCGUGCUGGUGCACAAGCUGAACACCGAGGGCAUCCAAAUAAACGGCCGCUGCUACCGCAACGCGGAGUUCUUCGUCAAUCCGGCGACGAAAUCGCGCUACUCGGUGAAGGUGAAGGUGCGGGGCGAGUCGAUGCCGAUUGCGCACCUGAUGCAGCACCUCGGCCGCACCGUAGAGCGAGGUGGACGCAUUUCCUUUGGUCCGUUCGCGCUGUCGGGCCUUGCCGUGGGCUCCCUCCGAGAGGUGACGGUCCCGCCGUUUUACAUGCAGCACCUGGGGUCCGCGUGGCAGCCUUUUGUGGAGCGCGACUGGCCGUACUUCCGCCGUCAGCGCGUGUCGCGUCUGCGCCGUCUGUGCCGCCAUCGCGAACUGACGCCGCGUGAGCUGGAAGAGCUGGACAACUACACUUAUGAGGAGGUGAAGGAUGCUCUCAGCUUUGAGUCGACGGAACUAGAGUCGCUGGCCGAGCAGCGGGCACAGCAGCUGCGUCGCGCACAGUUGUUAGACGAGGAGCUACCACCGCUGCCACGGGAGUUUCUGGUGGGGACGGGGGAUCACCGUCACCGCAGCAGCGGCGACAUCUCCACAGGUGAAGACGUCCCGUACGACGACGCCAUCGUGGAGGAUAUUACGGCGGUGCUUUAA